AUGUGGAACAACCUCGGAGUGUUCAUGGCAGCCGACAAGUUUGACAUUUCGCGUCUGAAAAUCCUUGCGAGAUCUCGAAUUAUGAAUUGGAUCUACGAAAACGCAAGGGGAUUUCCAUUGAUUGUGCAACAAAUUUGGAUCACCAUUCCGCCUCUUGAGACCGAGAUUCGAGACGCCAUAAUUAAGUCAAUCUCAUGCGAUGCGCAGGAGUUCCUCGCCUACGAUGAAAGUAUGGUGAUUAUGACAGAUAUACCAGAUAUUACCAUUGCUGUACUUAAGAAAAUUGCGGAGGAAAAUUCUUCACUCAAACUCAAACUUCAACUUCAACGGCAGAGGAAAACUGCCUCGAUGUGGUGA